AUGAGAGGAGUAUUAUGUGGACCAAGGGAACUUAAUACUUCAAAAGAUGGAAAAGGAGGAAGUGAAGGAAAAGGAGGAGGAGGAGGGGGAGGAGGGGGAAAAGCAGCAUCACCAUCACCACCACUACCACCACCAGAAGUACCUUUGCCGCCAAGUGACUCACAGUCCAGUACCUCGUCAGAGAAACAAUCCUCUAAAAAUGCCAGACAAACCACAGUUAAUAAAAAAGAUUCUGAUAGGGAAAAAUUUGACCAGAAUCGAAAUUCCCACAAUACAAGUGAUACUGGAUUCUCUGUAACGAAGAAAGAAUCUAGAAAAUCCAGUAAAUACACUGGUUUUAGUGAUAUCAAAGGAAGAGGUUAUCAUACUUUCUAUGGUCUUCGUAAACGUGGAGGUCAAUCUCAUCUAAGAACCACUUACAGAAAACGUUCUGGUUAUAAAACGGGACACCGCAGAAAACUGGAUUCAACCUUUGACGUUUACGGUAAUUCUAAUAGUUUUGAUAGACAGAAAGUUUAUGAUGUUUUCGAUGAAAACAGUAAUAUUCGUGAACACCGUAGACGUAGUGAAACAGGUUCAUAUGUGAAAGAUUCCAGGCGUCUAGAUUUAGGUCAAGAAAACUUCAGUGAUGAGAAUUCAGAGGGUAUGGAGGUGGAGGAAAGUGCAACAAAUACUGACAAAGCCAAAAGUACCAGUUCGGAGAGAAGUACAGAUAAACGUUUUGCUCAGCAAGCAACAGAAGGAUGA